UCAUGGGUCAGUGGGAGAGCGGAGUGUGCGGCAAGAAGAGGGCGGCUUGCAUAUGAGGCGGCGGGAGUCUCAAGUACAGAUGGAUGCUCUAUAACAAUGGGCGUGCUAUGUGAAUAGUAUUAGGUGUAGAGUAACACGGCACCAUGGAGCAACCUUGUACUGAACCAGCUAAAGCAAUCAAGCCAAUAGAUCGCAAGUCUGUCCAUCAGAUUUGUUCUGGUCAGGUGGUGCUGAGUCUCGCAACUGCAGUCAAAGAGCUUCUGGAGAACAGUAUAGAUGCUGGUGCAACCUGUAUAGAUGUAAAACUGAAGGAAUAUGGAGCCGAACUCAUAGAAGUCUCAGAUAAUGGCUGCGGAGUUGAGGAACAUAAUUUUGAAGGCCUGACUUUGAAACAUCACACAUCAAAGCUACAAGAUUUCUCUGAUUUGGUUAAUGUGGAAACAUUUGGUUUUCGAGGAGAAGCCCUAAGCUCACUGUGUGCAUUAAGUGACUUGUCCAUUUUUACCUGCCAUAAAACAGCAAAAGUGGGAACCCGUUUGGUUUUUGAUCAGAAUGGAAAAAUUGUCCAGAAAUCUCCUCUCCCUCGACAGCAGGGAACUACAGUCACUGUGCAACAGAUUUUCUACACCCUGCCUGUGCGCUACAAAGAAUUUCAGCGGAACAUCAAAAAGGAAUUUGCAAAAAUGGUCCAAAUUUUACAAGCAUACUGUAUUAUUUCAACCGGUGUUCGUAUAAACUGCACAAAUCAGGUGGGCCAAGGGAAGAGAACGCCUGUGGUGUGUUCUAGUGGUACAUCAAGCAGCAUGAAAGAAAACAUCGGAGCUGUGUAUGGACAGAAACAGGUAAUGUCUUAAAUUCCCUUUAACCAGUUACCACCAAGUGAGAGUGUUUGUGAAGAUUAUGGACUGAAUCAUGCAGGGCUACCAGAUGGUUUUUACAAUAUAACAGGAUAUUUAUCUGAUUGUGAUCAUGGUGUGGGAAGAAGUGCAACAGACAGACAGUAUUUCUUCAUCAACCAACGGCCGUGUGAUCCAGCUAAGGUUUCUAAAGUUGUGAACGAGGUAUAUCACACGUUCAACAGACAUCAGUAUCCAUUUGUUGUUCUCAACAUAAGUGUUAAUUCUGAAUGUGUUGAUAUCAAUGUCACCCCAGACAAAAGGCAAAUUCUCCUGCAGGAAGAGAAGCUUUUGCUGGCAAUAUUAAAGACCUCGCUUCUGGCUAUGUACAGUGGCAAUGUGAAUAAAUUAAAUCUGAAUAAUUCGUUGAUGGAUGCCACAGGGAAUUUCAGAAAAUUUAGUACAGAAGCAACUAAUGGAGGUACAGAGCAAAAGGUAUCAGACAGAGGGGCGCUUGUUGUUUCCAAGCUUAGAGAGGCUUAUUCUCUCAAUCAGAAAUCAUCAUUUGGAUCACCACAAAAAACACUGGAUAAAGUCCAAAAAUCUUCUCCCGGUCAGAGAACGCUUCAGUCCUUUAACUUUUCUACAAAAAGCCAAACUUGUGCCUUCAAAACAACAUCACCUGUAUGUGAUAAUAAAGAAGAACCAGCAUCCCCAAACUCUUCUCAUGAAGUUCCUUGUGUCAAAAAUGAUUAUGAUUCUGGCAAGGGAACCAUUAGUAGCUCAGAUAGUGAGGGAGGCCUUAAGACUCCUGAUUUCUCCAUCAACCUUACUAGUGAAUGUCCAAAAAGUUCCCCAGGGACGCUAUUGAAAAUGGAGAAGAUGGAGGCAUUUCAUGAUCCACAGCCUCUUCUUGAAAGGGAGGUGAUAUUUAACCAUCUUGUCCAAAAGGAGGAAAUAAACAAGGGUUCUACUCCAGACUGUAAGCGUAUGAAAACAGAGACUGAAAACACUUCAGCUACUGAAAAAUUACAAAUUGAUUCCAUCGAUGCGCCAGUGAAAGUUAUUAAGAGGAUGGUGCCAUUAAAUUUUUCAAUGUGUCGCCUGGCCAAGAGAAUGGAAAAUUUGAAACAACAAUGUCAACAGAAGGAGGCGUCUGAAUUGUUCCGCAGAUUCAGAGCAAAGAUCAGUCCAGGGGAAAACCAGGCUGCAGAGGACGAACUCCAAAAAGAGAUCAGAAAAGACAUGUUUGCAAAUAUGGAAAUCAUUGGCCAGUUUAAUCUGGGAUUCAUAAUAACCAAGCUGGACUCAGACCUUUUCAUCAUUGACCAGCAUGCAACUGAUGAAAAGUACAACUUUGAGAUGUUACAGCAGAACACUGUGUUACAAGGUCAAAGGCUUAUCAUACCUCAGAAACUAAACUUAACCGCAGUCAAUGAGUCUAUUCUCAUGGACAACCUGGAAAUAUUCAAGAAAAACGGGUUUGAUUUUACCUUUGAUGAGGAUGCUCCAAUCAUGGAAAGAGUCAAGUUAGUUUCUUUGCCUACAAGUAAAAACUGGACAUUUGGCCCACAGGACAUAGAGGAACUCAUAUUUAUGCUGAGUGACUCCCCGGGAGUGAUGUGCAGACCCUCUCGUGUUAGGCAGAUGUUUGCUUCUCGAGCAUGCAGAAAGUCUGUGAUGAUCGGAACAGCAUUAAACCUGCAUGAAAUGAAGAAACUGGUUACACACAUGGGGGAGAUUGAACAACCAUGGAACUGCCCACAUGGAAGACCUACAAUGAGGCACAUUGCCUGUCUGGAUAUCAUUUCACAGGAAUAAGUUUAAAUGAUAUUUUUUAAACACAAAAUGUAUUUUCACGGUGGAAAG